AAACUCUGCUGUAUAAAGAGAAUAGACUUGACAGCCUCAAUACAACAGGUUGGUCGUCCUGUCGCCAUUAUGCACGGCCUUUACAAGUUUCUGCUUUUUCAUGUUCUGGCAUUUCUCGGACAAAGCGAACUUGGGAGUGCAAUCAUAGAUGGGAAAAAAGCCCCAGAGAAGUCGAUGCUGUAUAUGGCCUCGGUGCAGGGCGAUCAUAGUCGGCAUGUAUGUGGAGGAUUCCUUGUCAGUGAUAACUUUGUGGUCACUGCUGCACACUGUCGUGUGGAAAGGGGAAAAGCCAAGGUUGUUCUUGGCAGCCACGAUCUCAGCCGGGUUGAGAAAACAGUGAAAUACAUUGAAAAGAUCUUUAAACACCCAUCCUAUAAGAGUGACACACAAGAGAAUGACAUCAUGCUCCUCAAACUGGGUGGGAAGGAUCACUGGCACUUUAAAGGACAACCAAUUCAACUUCCAACUUCUGAAAUAAACAUCAACGAAAAGUGCAGUGUAGCAGGAUGGGGUUUCACUGAAAGCAAUAGGCAUACAGUUGAUGUGCUGAGGGUGGUGAAUGUGUCUAUCACCAACCAGGACGUCUGUAAGAAGGAAUGGUCUGGUCUUCCUGCCAAUGUUAUCUGUGGAGACAAAGGAUUAUGUAAUGGUGAUUUGGGUGGUCCCCUGGUGUGCGACGGGACUGCUGUUGGUGUCGCAUCUUUCUACAAAAAUGAAGCCUGUGAUGGUCCCAACGUCUACACGGAUAUCUCAAAGAGUCUUACCUGGAUCAACAGGGUUCUGGGAAAAAAAUAUUGUUAAAUGUUCCACAAAGCUUUGCUUCAGCAUAUUUUAAUUGUAUUUGGGAGGGGGAGUUGUGCAGGGUUUUUUAACUGCAAAGAGAUUUUUUUGGUGCCCCCCAAGGAGGUUUUAGCCAUCCCCAAAGGAAAGUCACCAGCUACAAAAUGGUAAGAACUGGGAAUAAAAAUAGCAAUUCAAAUCCUCUCUAAAUGUGUUUAAGAGCAAUUUCAAAUUUAAUCAAACAACCUUUGAACGAGCAGAACAUAAACUUGAAUAUGA